UGUGGAAGGUUAAUCAAAACAUUAGUUGCCCAAGUGGUUCGACUUUCCAUUGGAAAAAGACCCACAAAGAUUCUAGUUUUGAAUCACUGGAUCACAAAGCUUCUCAACACCGACAAGCCGGAACAGACACUAAAAGAUAGAUCCCGAUUCACGAGUCGCUUUAUUUCUUCGGUUUAUUGGCUGCACCAAGACAACAGAUAUUCGGCGACCUCCAUAAGGUCCUCUUGCAGCCAUCUGUUUUCACCACCCUUUUGCUCCAAAUGAAGUUUAAAUCCACUAACCGUUCAUUCAAUUCAUACCCAGAUGAAAAUCAUGCAAGUAUUAGGAGAUUGAUGAGGCACACUGAGGAUGAUCACAAGAACCUAUGGGACAAGGAUCCGCUCAGCGAUUUGAAGAACAACCAGGAAAUGAAAUGUGGGUUCAGUUCGAUUCGAGUAAUGGGUAUGUUUGCGGUUUUAAUGAUGUUCAUUUCUGUGGUCUUUUCUGUCUCUGUGGUUCUUAGAGACCCACCAUCCGAUGCUGUAAUUGAAGGUUCAGAUGUGUGGAUUCCUCAGUGGAACUCCGACCCAGUAGAUUCUAAGGAUGGAGAUCUUCAUAGGGAUAUAGAGGCAGUUGAUAAACUGCUUAGUGGCCUUCUUUCUGCCAAACAUGAGGAAGGUUCUUGUCUUAGUAGGUACAAUUCAGCUUCAUAUCAACGCAAGCUGGCGUACCAACCCUCUUCUUACCUGAUCUCCAAAUUGCGGAGUUAUGAAGAUCUUCAUAAGCGUUGUGGAGUCUACACUGAGUCUUACAACAAAACUUUGGAGCAGCUUGGGUCUAAUGGUAGUAGCAGCUCCUCGGACUGUAAAUAUGUUGUGUGGAUUUCCUUCAGUGGAUUAGGGAAUAGAAUACUAACCCUCGCUUCAGCAUUUCUUUAUGCUCUCCUCACAAAUCGGGUUCUACUUGUUGACCCUGGAACUGACAUGGCUGAUCUCUUCUGUGAACCGUUUCCUGAGGUUUCCUGGUUUCUGCCCCAAGAUUUCCCGUUGAAACAUAAAUUCAGCAAAUUCAACCACAACUCUCCUAAUUGCUAUGGGAAAAUAAUGAAGAACAAUAGGAGCACAGAUCCAAGUGGAAUGAUUUUGCCAUCUCUUGUUUAUCUUCAUUUGGUCCAUGAUUAUGAUGAUGAUGACAAGCUUUUUUUCUGUGAUCAACACCAAUCUCUUCUGCACCAAUCCCCUUGGCUUGUUAUGAAAACAGACAACUAUUUUGUCCCCUCUCUCUUUUUGAUCCCAUCAUUCGAGAAAGAACUUCAUGAUCUUUUCCCAAAUAAAGAUACAGUUUUCCACUUCUUGGGUCGAUAUCUGAUUCAUCCCGUGAAUUCAGUUUGGGGACUGAUUACGAGAUAUUAUCAGGCUUACUUGGCUAGAGCUAGUGAAAGAAUAGGCAUUCAGAUUAGAGUGUUUGAUACAGGAACUGGACCUUUUCAACACAUCUUGGAUCAGGUUUUGGACUGUACCCUGAAGGAGAAUCUGUUGCCACAAACGGAAAGGCGAACAAAUGUGGUCGGUCUGGCUAGUAGUCGAAAGUCAAAGGCCGUGCUGAUAACUUCCUUGACCGCUGGUUACUUCGAGAAGUUGAGAGAUAUUUACUGGGAGAAUCCGACGGUGACGGGAGAGAGAGUUAGUUUCUACCAACCAAGUCAUGAGGAACACCAGCAAACUGAGAAGAGUAUACAUAACCAGAAGGCAUUGGCAGAGAUGUAUUUGUUAAGUACAACUAAUGUAGUGGUCACUAGUUCAUGGUCGACCUUUGGAUAUGUGGCUCAAGGUCUUGGCGGUCUGAAACCAUGGAUAUUGUACAAACCCGAGAAUCGUACUGCACCGAAUCCACCCUGCGGUCGAGCCAUGUCCAUGGAGCCCUGUUUCCAUGCACCUCCUUUCUAUGACUGCAAGGCUAAGAAAGGAGUGGACACUGGCAAACUUGUUCCUCAUGUGAGGCAUUGCGAGGACAUGGCCUGGGGGCUUAAGUUGGUUGAUCAACAGGAUUGAUUUUGCUGCUUUUGUUUUGAGAAACUGUUGUACUGAACAAGUUCCCAUUCCAUUAUUGAAUUAGAGAGAUGAAAUAUGUUAGAUUUGCCGAUGUUAAUGAACAUAGUGUGAUGUGGUGCAUAUAUUUUGAU